CACACAAUUUUCAAACCAUCAACUUUUUAAUUUUGCCAUUUAUUUUACUUCCUUCUCCAUGAUUAAAUUCCCCUUCAACAAGUUACUACAACUCUCUUAAGACUUAGACCACACUUAUCUUCUGUUGUUUUUGAAUACUGCACUCUGUUUUCAUACCUUCUUUUCUGUGACCAGAAUCUACAAUUCAGAGAGGGAGAGAGGAGAGAGACAACAUCUUUCUGAGAGAGAGAGAGAGAGAGAGAGAGAGAUUUCUCAUCAAUUAUAGUUCAACUAACUCGAACAAAAGUUGAUGGAAGUUAUUACCAGGAGUGUUUUUGUUACUUCAUUGUUCUCCAUGUUCUUGUGCUGUUUCUCACUAGAAGACAUUUUGAAAGCCAACCAAACAAUUAGAGAUGGAAGCACCAUUGUUUCAUCAGGUGGUCAUUUUGAGCUGGGCUUCACUAGUCCUGGCAACUCCACAAAUCGAUACGUGGGAAUAUGGUACAAGAAGAUAUCAAAGCACACGAUUGUAUGGAUUGCUAACAGAGAAGCUCCACUUAACACUAAAUCUGGCCUUUUAAAACUCAACAGCAGAGGCAAUCUUGUUAUUCUCAAUGGCUCUGAUGAUGAAGUCUGGUCCUCUAACAUCUCGCAGUCUUCGAACAAUCCUGUGGUGCAGCUGUUGGAUUCUGGGAAUCUUGUUAUCAGAGAUGAAAAUGAGAGUGACCCUGGAAAGUACCUGUGGCAAAGCUUUGAUAAGCCUGGAAAUAGUUUCUUGCCAGGGAGUAAAUUUGGGUGGAAUUUGGAAACAGGGCUUGAGAGGUACCAUAGUUCUUGGAUAAGUGAGGAUGAUCCAGCUCCGGGUGAAUAUACGAAUCAUAUUGAUCGUAAUGGUUUUCCUCAGCUCAUGUUGAGGAAAGGUUCUGCUAUACAUUUUCGCGCUGGGCCUUGGAAUGGUGUUCGUUUUAGUGGUAUGCCUAACUUGAAACCGAAUCCGAUUUAUAAGUUUGAUUUUGUUUUUAAUGAUAAGGAGUUGUAUUAUCACUAUGAGCUUGUUAAUGCUUCUGUUGUUAUGAGGAUGAUAUUGCAUCCACUUGGUUAUAUUCAGAGAUGGAUUUGGAUUGAAAAGCUUCAGAUUUGGCAACUUUAUCUAACUGUUCAGAUGGAUGAUUGUGAUCGUUAUGCGUUGUGUGGCGCUUAUGGGACUUGUAACAUUAACAAUUCUCCUGCGUGCGGGUGCUUGAAUGGAUUUCAGCCAAGAAAUCAACAAGAAUGGGAUGUUGCAGAUUGGUCUAGUGGAUGUGUUAGGAAAGUACAAUUGAGUUGUGCAGAUGGAGAGGGAUUCGUUAAGCAUUCUGGGGUGAAAUUACCGGAUACUCAGCGUUCUUGGUUUGAUAGGAAUAUGAGUCUUGAUGAAUGUAAGCGGGAGUGCCUCAAGAAUUGCUCCUGUUCAGCCUACUCAAAUACAGAUAUUAGAGGGAGUGGAAGUGGAUGCGUGUUGUGGUAUAAUGAGCUUAUUGAUAUUAGGGAGCAUAAAGAAAAUGGGCAAGAUCUUUACGUAAGAAUGGCUGCUUCUGAAUUGGCUAAAAAGGGGAGAUCCAAACUGAGGUUCAUAAUUAUACCCAUUCUGUUGGCUGUAACAUUGAUGCUUGGCAUAUGCCUGUGGGUAAUCAGGAAGAAAAAGAAGCAGCAGAGAGAAGGAAUAAGAAAGCUGUAUUCUGAAAAUGAUGGGGGCAACGGAAAUGAUGAUGAGGAUUUGGAGAUGCCAUUAUUUGAUUUCACAACCUUAGCUCAUGCCACCAAUGGCUUCUCUGUAGACUCUAAGCUUGGAGAAGGUGGCUUUGGCAUUGUCUAUAAGGGUUUGGUUGACGACAGAACAGAAAUAGCUGUGAAGAGGCUAUCGAAGGAUUCAAGACAGGGGUUAAAAGAGUUUAAAAAUGAAGUUUCAUGCAUUGCUAAACUUCAGCACCGAAACCUUGUGAAGCUCCUUGGCUGCUGUGUGCAGGAAGGAGAAAGGAUGUUGGUGUAUGAAUACAUGCCUAAUAAAGGCUUAGACUCGUUUAUCUUUGACAAAAAACAAAGCAAGGCACUUGACUGGCCUAUGCGCUAUAGUAUCAUAAAAGGCAUCGCAAGGGGACUUCUUUACCUUCAUCAGGAUUCUAGACUACGAAUAAUUCACAGGGAUCUUAAAGCCAGCAAUAUUUUACUCGACCGUGAGAUGAACCCAAAGAUUUCAGAUUUUGGUAUGGCAAGGAUCUGCGGAGAGACUGAAACCGGAGCUACUAAUACGACUAGAGUAGUUGGAACAUAUGGAUACAUGUCCCCAGAGUACGCAAUCGAUGGUAUAUUCUCAGUGAAAUCUGAUGUCUAUAGCUUUGGGGUGUUGCUGCUGGAGAUAGUGAGUGGGAAGAGAAACAGAAAUUUUACUCAUCCUGACCACAAUCUUAAUCUUCUCGGACAUGCAUGGAGAAUCUACACAAAUGGGAAAGUUCUGGACUUGGUAGAUGAAGUUAUUACAAUGUUAAGCUAUGAACAUCAAACUGAAGUGUAUCGAACAGUCCAAAUCGGGUUGUUAUGUGUGCAACAAUAUCCAGCAGAUAGGCCAACCAUGGCAACUGUGGUACUAAUGCUAACUAGUGAAAUUCCCCUGCCUCAGCCGAAAGAACCUGGAUUUUUCACAGAGCGGAAAGUGCACGAAGGUGACUCAUCAUCAAGCCUACUUCAGUCAUCUUCAUCCAACUAUUUAAGUGUCACUACUAUGGCUCCAAGAUAAACAUUACUUUCUGUGUUAUCUCUUUCCAAAAUUUGUAAAAUAUGAGUAGAGCUUUUAGAUUUCAGAGAAUCAUAUAUUAGGAGGUUGUUGAUCAUAUUACUAUCAGUUCUCUUUGUUUGAUUGUA